AUGACUGGUGUUCAUGCUACAGGAUCAGUCCUAUCAAGGCUGCUGGUCAUGGUACAGGAUCAGUCAUAUCAAGGCUGGUGGUCAUGGUACAGGAUCAGUCAUAUCAAGGCUGGUGGUCAUGGUACAGGAUCAGUCAUAUCAAGGCUGGUGGUCAUGGUACAGGAUCAGUCAUAUCGAGGCUGGUGGUCAUGGUACAGGAUCAGUCAUAUCAUGGCUGGUGGUCAUGCUACAGGAUCAGUCAUAUCAAGGCUGGUGGUCAUGAUACAGGAUCAGUCAUAUCAUGGCUGGUGGUCAUGGUACAGGAUCAGUCAUAUCAAGGCUGGUGGUCAUGGUACAGGAUCAGUCAUAUCAUGGCUGGUGGUCAUGGUACAGGAUCAGUCAUAUCAAGGCUGGUGGUCAUGGUACAGGAUCAGUCAUAUCAAGGCUGGUGGUCAUGGUACAGGAUCAGUCAUAUCAAGGCUGGUGGUCAUGGUACAGGAUCAGUCAUAUCAAGGCUGGUGGUCAUGGUACAGGAUCAGUCAUAUCGAGGCUGGUGGUCAUGGUACAGGAUCAGUCAUAUCAUGGCUGGUGGUCAUGGUACAGGAUCAGUCAUAUGGUGGUCAUGGUACAGGAUCAGUAUCAAGGCUGGUGGUCAUGGUACAGGAUCAGUCAUAUCAUGGCUGGUGGUCAUGGUACAGGAUCAGUCAUAUCAUGGCUGGUGGUCAUGGUACAGGAUCAGUCAUAUCAAGGCUGGUGGUCAUGGUACAGGAUCAGUCAUAUCAAGGCUGGUGGUCAUGGUACAGGAUCAGUCAUAUCAUGGCUGGUGGUCAUGGUACAGGAUCAGUCAUAUCAAGGCUGGUGGUCAUGGUACAGGAUCAGUCAUAUCAUGGCUGGUGGUCAUGGUACAGGAUCAGUCAUAUCAUGACUGGUGUUCAUGCUACAGGAUCAGUCAUAUCAAGGCUGGUGGUCAUGGUACAGGAUCAGUCAUAUCAUGGCUGGUGGGCUGGUGGUCAUGGUAACAGGAUCAGUCAUAUCAAGGCUGGUGGUCAUGGUACAGGAUCAGUCAUAUCAUGGCUGGUGGUCAUGGUACAGGAUCAGUCAUAUCAAGUCUGGUGGUCAUGUUACAGGAUCAGUCAUAUCAAGGCUGGUGGUCAUGGUACAGGAUCAGUCAUAUCAUGA